AUGAGUUCAUUAAAUGGAGUGAAGGCGAAGCGGAAACGAACGGACACUUCAAGAGAGCCUGCCGCCGCUGCACGACCACAACCCAGCAGCCACAAGCCCGUAAUACCUAUCGAGAGCAAAUCGAAGAGACGGAAGACGAAGCAUGAAGAGGAUGCCUCCUCUGAUGUAUCUGACGCUGAGGAAGAGGCGUCGUCAUCAGAGAGCGACGCUGAGUCGCAAGCCGACGACGAUUCGGAGGCAGGCACCGACCUAGAAGAAACCGCGAAUGUGCAAGAUGGCAACGGGCCCGAGGAGGAAGCCAAUGAUCUCCCUACAGACACGACACCGUCACUGCCAGGCAUCGAAUCAGCACCACAAAAGUUCUCAGAGCUCAACCUAUCAGAAAAGACCAUGAAGGCCAUCGAGGAGAUGAAAUUCGAAACCAUGACCGAGAUACAACAGCGAGGCAUACCGCCUCUUUUGGCCGGAAGAGACGUCCUAGGUGCCGCGAAGACCGGCUCCGGCAAGACUCUGUCCUUCCUCAUCCCAGCCGUCGAAAUGCUGUCCUCCCUACGCUUCAAGCCUCGAAACGGCACAGGCGUCAUCGUCGUCUCCCCAACCCGAGAACUCGCCCUGCAAAUCUUCGGUGUCGCCCGCGAACUUAUGCAAUUCCACAGCCAGACCUUCGGCAUCGUGAUAGGAGGUGCCAACCGCAGCGCCGAAGCCGAGAAACUGACGAAAGGCGUCAACCUCCUAAUCGCCACACCAGGCCGCCUACUCGACCACCUCCAAAACACCAAAGGCUUCGUCUACAAAAACGUCAAAGCUCUCGUGAUCGACGAAGCAGACCGCAUCCUCGAAGUCGGCUUCGAAGACGAGAUGCGCCAAAUUCGCCAAACCAUGCUCUUCUCCGCCACCCAAACCACAAAAGUCGAAGACCUGGCCCGCAUCUCCCUCCGCCCCGGCCCCCUCUACAUCAACGUCGACCACAAGAAAGAGCACUCCACCGUCGCCGGCCUCGAACAAGGCUACGUCAUCUGCGACACCGACAAGCGCUUCCUCCUCCUCUUCACCUUCCUCAAAAAGAUGUCCAAGAAGAAAGUCAUCGUCUUCUGCUCCAGCUGCAACUGCGUCAAAUACCACGCCGAGCUCCUCAACUACAUCGACCUGCCCGUCCUCGAGCUGCACGGCAACCUGAAGCAGCAGAAACGCACAAACACGUUCUUCGAGUUCUGCAACGCAAAGUCCGGCACACUGAUCUGCACAGACGUGGCUGCUCGAGGGCUCGACAUCCCCGCCGUCGACUGGAUCGUCCAAUUCGACCCGCCGGAUGACCCACGAGACUAUAUCCACCGCGUCGGCCGCACUGCCCGCGGCUCAAACGGGAAGGGCAAGAGCCUGAUGUUCCUGCAGCCGCACGAAGUCGGCUUUCUUUCGCAACUAAAAGAAGCCCGCGUCCCCGUCGUCGAAUUCGACUUCCCCGCCAAGAAGAUCAUGAAUGUGCAGUCCCAAUUGGAAAAACUCAUUAACCAGAACUACUAUCUCAACAAGUCAGCAAAAGACGGCUACCGCUCCUACAUCCAAGCCUACGCAUCCCACUCGCUCCGUUCCGUCUUCGACGUCCACAAGCUCGAUUUGACCAAACUCGCCAAAUCAUUUGGCUUCAGUUCGGCGCCACGCGUCGACGUCCAGCUCGGCAGCUCGAUGCAGCGCAACAAGAAAGUCCAGGGCCGGAGAGGAUACGGGAGUCAGCCGCCGAAUGGGCGGCAGGGCUAUGGUGGUGGUGGUGGAAAAUAUGAGAAGGGAGCACUCAAAUUUAAGCGGAAAGGCGGCUUUGACUGA